GGGGCGCGCACGUUGCCAUGGCGAAGCGUCCCUAUGACACCAGUAGCAGAAGGCGAGGCGUGGGUUCAGAGAUUUCACGAACUCCUUCAGUAAAGCACAUUUUCCUUUUCAAAAGCUACAAUCUCCGCCAGACGACGCUUGAUUAAAGGACAGACGACCAAACAACCGCAUUCGCCCUCUCUUUAACGUAUCGGAUAACGUUUUGCUAAUCGUUUGGCGUCGUCUCUACGGAGGAGAGUGUUGUGUGUUGUCCUAGUUGCACGAUAUAAUCCCAGCUAUCUCGUCAUGUAGCUGGCUAGCGAGUUUGCGAGCCGUUAAUCGAGCCACAUUAUGAAGAAACUGACUAUAUAGAUAUGGAUACUUAGAAGGGCAAGAAACUGGUAGAGGCAUGGACUUGCAUGAGGAUAAUCGUGAAUCAGAGCACAGCCGAUUGUCUCACCGUAGUGAUGGGAAGAUCUCAGAAUCUCCUUUUCAAUCUGAGAAACAGGAGAAAUACAAGAAAAACAUCAAGAGCUCGGCUGGGGAUCAUGUGCGAACCAGAACGCGAGAGCCGGCCGGAGACCCAGACCGUGAUCGGUGUUCGGAUGGAGAGCGUAGCAGUGCCUCAUUCUACUCGGAUGAUUAUGAAAAUGUCUUGCACUCGGAUCGGUCUCUCUCGCCGUCAGCCUCUCCGUCUCCACAAAGAAGAGGGAGGUCUAGGAGAGUGUCCAGCAGCCCCUUGCAUCGAGCAGGUGUACGUAAAGUUGUGUCACGCCGUCACCCGCCCCUCUCCCAUCAUCCUCAGCAGUGGUCAAGAGGCAUCCGAUCCCAAACUUUGAGUAAAGAUGCUCCAUCCAAAGAAGUGGACCCAGUCACCAAACGCAUGCUGUCUGCACGUCUGCUAAAGAUCAACGAGUUGAAGAAUGCAUUGUCUGAACUGAGGCUGCAUGCAGACGAGUUGCAACGUGAGAACCGUUUACUGCGACAAAUGCAGCUGCGGCAAGAGAAAGCUCUGCAUCACUACAAUGACACAGAAAGUGAGAUCUCGCAGCUGUUGUCUCGUCACAACAAUGAGACUCAUGUACUGCGUGAGAGGCUGAGACGCAGUCAAGAGAACCAGCGCACAGCUGAGCGCAGCCUCAGGGAAACGGACGCCCAGCUCCAGCACUGUCGAAGCCAGCUACAGAAACUGCAGCAACUCGCAGAUGACCAGAAUCUUGGAGAGAGGGAGGAACUCUCGCGAAAACUAACGUACACUCAAGGCAAAUUGCAAGAAAGUGAACGCAGAGUGAAGGAAUUGGAGAAGAACAUGGAGCUGAGCAGUGGGAGCUUUCAGAGGCAGCUAGCUAAUGAGAGGAGGAGAACUCACAAUGCACAACAGGAAGUUAAAGCACUACAGGAGGAAGUGGAGAAACUUUGCACUAAACUAAAGGAGAAAGAAAAGGAGCUGGAUGCUCGGAACAUCUACGCUAAUAGGAUGCUAAAAGCUUCUUCCAGAAAAGAAGCAGAGAAUGGCAGCAAGCGAAAAGGCUCCAUUACAACCAGCACUAAGGCAGUACAGACGUCCUCACUGGACUUCCCAUCGCCGCCUCCAACUCUUACCAACAAACUCCCACUUGACGACCAGACCGAUGAUUACCUCUCUCUGAAGGAUCAGCAAAGCAGGGAACAGAGACCUAGAGAAGCAAAACAAUGGAAGAUUCAAGAGUUUUGGAGGGAAAGGGAGAAAGAAAAAGACAUGGAAUCUGAGAUGGAACAGACAAGGGAGAAGGAGAGAGAAAAAGAGAUGCUGCAUGACAGAGAAAGAGACAUGGAGCUGCUGAAAGACAAGGAGAGGCAAAGACUUGAUCAACAGCACAGCUCAAAUGAGAAGAACUCAAAGGGAAACAGAGGCCUGGACAGAGAGGAAGAAGAUUGGAGGAUUGGCCUGUCUACAUCUCAAAGUGAGGAAGAGAGCAGGAGGCAGCGUGAACAGGAAGAGGAACAACUUAAAGCAAGAAAUUUAGAGAUCCAGGCCGGCAAUCAAGAGCAUCCUGAAGAGGAACAUCAGCGCAAAGAGCAGCUACUGGCUAAGAUGCAUGAGAUCGACAUGCAGACUCAAGGUCAGGACUCAGACUUCUUUUCUGACGACACAGGAAGUGUCCGCUCUCCUCCACGGUUGUCCGAGCAACGGAACCACAACGGUAUUUUCAAAUUUACAGAGCCAGAAGAGAACACAAACACAUUUGCGAGUGGGAGAAGAGCUGGUGGUCUUCGAGCACAUGGACCAAGCAAGGAUCUUGACCUUGCUUUUGGUAGCUACGCCCCUUCUUUUGGUAAAUCUGCCCCCCGUGCUGGUUUAGGUGCACGCAAUGCAAAUCAGCCACCCCGAGAACUGGAUGAAGAGCUGGAUUUGGGUGGCCUGGUUAAGGAAAGGAAAUCAAAGCUCAUGCAGCAGCUUUUUGGGGCCUCUGCCACACCACCGCCUUCAGAUCCAUCCAGUAGAAUGGAGAACCUAAGCCACCCUCUAACAAGCCAGUUCCCAUCAGUACCAGGAGGUGGACGCAGGAGGGACACAAACACACCAAAUGGACUAAAUAUCAGUUCUCUCCCCAGCAAUAGGAGCACUCUGCAUGUCUCUGAGAGCCGACCCGUGGUCAGGGCCAUUACGUCAUUUGAUGAUGACAUAGAAGAAGUCACACUCUGAAUAGGGUGCUUUUAUAGCCAAUACGAAAGGAUAAAUUUUUUUAAAACACAAAGAGGGAAUCCAAAAACCUCUGAUAUUUAGUUUUGAGCUCCGUUAUGAAGUAAACACUGAUUAAACAAUGCUUAGUUUGCUAAUAUGCCUCUUUUUUUUUAACCUUUCUGGCAAAAUCAUGGAGGAAGACUUUUUCAGUGAUACCGUUUUCAUAGUUGGGUUUGCAAAGGGUCCAAAGUUAACACUCACUGCACAGUGCACACUAAGGGCCAAAAAAGCACUGAAGGGAGUGGAGAAAGUUCUGUGGAUGAUCUACUGACAGUGCGCAAAUUAAAGAACACAGACGUAUCCAGAUCCAUAAUGACCAAUGUAAUCUACCAAGAGCUGCACCGAUUAUCAACUAUCACAGCCAUGUCAAACACAAAAUGGCUUUUUUUGGGGCGGCAAAUAAUGGUAAACCUUAAUAAAUCACAUUGCAUGAUACAUCUAAAUACUCCCCUCCUAUAAAUUUUGCAUCUGAAAAGGAUCCUACAAAUGCAUAUACUUUUAUCCUGACAGUAGUUUUUUAACCAAAAGGCAAGCUGUUAGCAAAUCUGGCCCUAAAUGUCAGAAAAACUCACCUGUUGGCCAGUAACUUUUAAGGAACCACAGUGUAAUAGAUGGUUUAAGUCAAACUGUAAGAAUCUAACCCUUGCUGAUGUAAUCGAUAAGAGUGAUUCAAAUCAAGAGCAUACGACCUGUCAAUUAGGGGAAACAUCCAUUGUGACUUGCACAUUCUCUAAACUUAUACCUCAGUGGAAAAUUAUGAAGUUUAUCAAGGACUCUGAAAGUGUUUUAGGUACUUUUUUUUUCAUGUUUUUUCCACAGCUUGUGGAACAUAUCUAAUUUUAUGCUCUGCACUUUCAGUACUGAUAUGAGUGUGAUUUUGAUAUGAGUGAGAGCUUUGCCCUCUCAGAGAGCCAUGCUGCGGCUUGGCUGACUCAGGUCUGGGCUGCGUCUUCUCUGAGCCAGUCCUCCCUCACAGCACUUUUAGUCUCUCCCCCCUUCUCUCAUUUUAAAUAAAUGUUAAUGGCAAUUAUGUGACAAAGGAGAGAGUCUGGUUCAUAAGUUUGUAGUUUAUAGAUUAAACAACGAGCCAAAUACUCAAAUUAUAUCUAUACAGGACAUCCCAAAAAUAUGGACAGUGAAUUUCUUUGCAUUAGAUAACAAAAUAACUAGCCAAGUGACAUUUUCUCAAAUCUAACAAACUGAUCCCAAUUUGAGAUUAUUGUGUUGUAUACUUUUAAACUUUUAAAGCUUCUUUUUCUAAAAGGUUUGCUUGAAAAGUGAACUUGUGCUGAUGAAUGUCUCUUGGUUUGAUAUUUUAAUAUUUAAUACAGUGAUUCUAUGUGUGGUACAAGUGUACAAAUAUUUUGGGGGCCACUGUAUAUGUUUUGUUUGUGUGCACAAUAUGAACCUUUUUACAUUAACAAUUUAGUGACCAGAAAACUGAAAUAACUUGACUUCCACUUUCAUUCUCAGCUAAUACAGUGUCUUUGUUUGCCUGCUUACACAUAAUGAGUUUUCUUUCUUUAUUAAU